GAAAAAAAGCAGAGAGGCUUUAAAGUGGGACUUUCAGAUCAGGUGCAGGUUAGACAUGCCACACUUGUUGUAGAAGCCUGAGUUCAGGACACCAAGACUGCUGGUGCUUUGUGGCUGAUCGCCAGCCUAGGCCAAAUGCCAGAAAGCUUGGGUUGUCGGUGGAAGGCAUAGGCGGUCAUUUGAAAGGAAGUAUUUAUCAAGAGUGAUCACAGACAUUCCCAUCACAACCACUGUUCAAUCAUGGACCAAACUCAGCAUCCAAGCAAAGCUGCCCAACCUUUAAGAUCAGAGAAGACAAGGCACUGCGAUGGAUUCAGGAUAUUUUUGGCAGCCCUCUCAUUCAGCUACAUAUGCAAGGCACUAGGUGGAGUCAUUAUGAAAAGUUCCAUCACUCAAAUAGAAAGAAGAUUUGACAUACCAUCUUCCAUUUCCGGUUUGAUUGAUGGAGGCUUUGAAAUUGGGAAUUUGUUAGUUAUUGUAUUUGUGAGUUACUUUGGAUCCAAGCUACACCGACCAAAGCUGAUUGGAACUGGUUGCUUCAUCAUGGGCAUUGGGAGUAUUCUGACUGCGUUGCCACAUUUCUUCAUGGGAUAUUACAGGUAUGCAACAGAAAAUGACAUCAGUUCUCUACAUAACUCCACGUUGACCUGUUUAGUCAAUCAAACUACAUCACUCACUGGAACCUCACCUGAGAUAAUGGAGAAAGGUUGUGAAAAGGGGUCCAACUCAUACACCUGGAUUUAUGUCUUGAUGGGGAACAUGCUUCGUGGGAUAGGGGAAACCCCAAUAGUGCCCCUAGGAGUUUCCUACAUUGAUGACUUUGCAAAAGAAGGAAAUUCUUCCAUGUACUUAGGUACUCUGCAUACUAUAGCAAUGAUCGGACCAAUCCUUGGCUUUAUCAUGUCAUCUGUGUUUGCUAAGCUAUACGUAGACGUUGGAUAUGUAGACCUGAGAAGUGUCCGCAUAACUCCUCAGGAUGCUCGUUGGGUUGGUGCCUGGUGGCUCGGCUUCAUUGUGAAUGGACUACUAUGCAUCAUUUGUUCUAUACCCUUCUUUUUUCUACCCAAAAUUCCAAAGAGAUCACAGAAGGAAAGGAAAAAUUCAGCAUCUCUUCAUGUACUCAAAACAGAUGAAGACAAGAAUCCCGUGACUAAUCCAACAACACAAGAGAAACAAGCUCCUGCCAACCUGACUGGUUUUCUAUGGUCUCUGAGAAGCAUCCUUACCAAUGAACAAUAUGUCAUAUUCUUGAUACUGACGUUGCUACAAAUCAGCAGCUUCAUUGGAUCCUUCACUUACCUGUUCAAGUUUAUAGAGCAGCAGUUUGGUCAGACAGCAUCGCAGGCCAACUUUCUGUUAGGAGUUAUAACCAUACCCACUAUGGCAAGUGGAAUGUUUUUAGGAGGAUAUCUCAUUAAAAGAUUAAAAUUAACCCUGCUUGGAAUCACUAAGUUUGUGUUUUUCACCACAACAAUGGCCUAUGUGUUCUACCUGUCAUAUUUUCUUCUAAUCUGUGAAAACAAGGCAUUUGCUGGCCUAACCUUGACCUAUGAUGGAAUGAACCCAGUGGACUCUCACAUAGAUGUCCCACUUUCUUAUUGCAACUCGGACUGCAUUUGUGAUAAAAAUCAAUGGGAACCUGUCUGUGGGGAAAAUGGAGUGACUUACAUUUCACCUUGUCUGGCAGGAUGCAAAUCAUUUCGUGGUGAUAAGAAACUGAUGAAUAUAGAAUUCUAUGACUGCAGUUGUGUCAGCGGCUCUGGUUUCCAGAAGGGAAACCAUUCAGCACGUUUGGGUGAAUGCCCAAGAGACAAAUGCAAAACCAAAUAUUACUUUUAUAUAACUUUUCAAGUCAUUAUAUCUUUUUUCACUGCACUGGGAAGCACUUCUCUUAUGUUGAUUCUGAUAAGGAGUGUCCAACCUGAAUUGAAAUCACUUGGAAUGGGAUUCCAUUCACUGGUUGUACGAACACUAGGAGGAAUUCUAGCUCCAGUCUAUUAUGGGGCAUUAAUUGACAGAACAUGUAUGAAGUGGUCUGUAACCAGCUGUGGAGCACGUGGAGCAUGCAGGCUAUAUAACUCGAGAUUAUUUGGAAUGAUCUACGUGGGUUUGAGUAUAGCUUUAAAGACUCCAAUACUUCUUUUAUAUGUUGCAUUAAUUUAUGUUAUGAAGAGAAAAAUGAAAAGAAAUGAUAACAAGAUAUUAGAAAAUGGAAGAAAAUUCACAGAUGAAGGAAACCCAGAACCUGUAAAUAAUAAUGGAUACUCUUGUGUACCUUCUGAUGAAAAAAACAGUGAAACACCUCUUUAAGGGAAGAGAAAGACACAUCUGUUGCUGUGUUUUCAAACAACCCCGGUUCUUUCACUGAGGAAUUUCUCAUGUUACAUAUGAUGGAGAAUCUGUAAUCCUGUGCAUUUAUAGUGAAACAAACUAGAAAUCAAAAGAAAUAAGAGCACCCUUGUCAGGGCCUAGCUGUGCAUCUGAAGCUGUAUGGGUUGUAAAGACUGAAUGCAAUGAAUGAAGUUGGUUAGGUUCCAAUAGAAAAACAGGUAUUCACUUAAGCAUUUAUAACUCAAGUACAAUCAAUAAGGAGGCUAGGAUGGACAAAGCGGGAAAGGAAUGUGAAAAUUGGUGACUUUAAAUUAGUGUCUUCAAAAAUCAAAAUUUGCAUGGUGCUAUUCUCUCCUGAAGUCUCUGCAAUGGAGGGCUUCAUGAUGUGGCAUAUUUUGGUACACAUGUUAAGUCAUAUAUUUUGCAUAAUGAUUAAUUUGAAAUUGUGUUUAAUGACACAUGCAUUUUCUUUGCACAUGUUGUACCAAACAUUGAGAAUAAAAAAAAAAGAAAUUUAAGAAAAUUAGUCUAUAAUUAUCAGAAAACUUACCUUAGAAUGCAUUUUUAACAGCUAUGCAAAUGAAUUGGAAGACCCACAUUGACUGAAGAAAGCUAAGAGCAAUGAAUAAGUAAGCCUUCACUCCGGAGGCCUUUCAGUUCUGAGAUAAGUGUGUGCCAGACACUGGCUGGUAGAGGACAUCAGCAGUCAACUCCACCACUGUCUUGUUUUUUUCUUUUGUUUUGGAUGUGAGAUAUAUAGAUAUAGGAGAUAUAGGUAGAUAUAGAUUUAGAUAUAUGGAUCUCUCUCUACAUAUAUAUAUAUAUAUAUGAAAUUAAGAUAGAGUGAAUGAGAACAAAUGUCUUUGGAUAUUGUAUUAUAUAGUGAUAUCAGAUCUAGUAUAGUGGAUGGUAGAAGUUGAACUUGCUUUAUUUUCACAUGUUAAAAUAUUUUUUGCAUUAAAAUAGCCUAUUGAAAUAGUUUUCUGUUGCUAUAAUAAAAUAACCUGGCAAAAAAGUAA